UGCUCGUGGACCUUACACCACCACCCAUGUUGAGUACAUAAACACUGAUAGCCGCUGUUAGAAAGGCUUCAGUCUGACGAAGAAGCGAACGGCCCACGGUACAAUGAAGCCCGUGCUUCUGCUUGCCAUUGUUCUGCUGCAGCUGAGCUUUCCUUGUGUUCAGCUCGCCAGCUUAAAGGACAAAGAGGAACAAGGCGUAAAAAGUCAAAUAGACGAAUCCAUUCUCAAGGCCGAUCUGGGAGACGUCGUCCCUCCACUUGUCAAAGACUCCAUCCCGAACGAGCAGGUGAAAUCGGAGAGACAGUUGGAGCAGGAAUGGAGGAUGUCUCAUGGUCUCUUUGUCGACAACGUUAACCUGCAGUGGAUCCCCUGGAAUGGAUCCCUCCCCGACGGUGCCGUGUCCAUCCUGAACGGGUACGCCUCUCGCACAGACUACGUCUGCAAGUUCAAUUGUGAGGCUGGCUUCUACAAUCCAAACAAGGGCCCGUACUGCUUAUAUCCCUAUGCCGAUAAAGAGUUUUAUGCAUCUACGUUCGAUAUUCUGGUAAACCGGGACAAUUUUGAAUUUACAGAGUGGCUCUCGGGGUCCUACGGGUCCGUUCCAGAUGCUGGAAUCCGAUCCUGUACUGGAGUUGGCAUCUAUGUAGGAAAGAACAAGUAUGGGCUUGGUAAGGUAGUCCCUCAACACGGAGCAUUCUUCUUGCCAUGGGAGGGUAAGGAGUACUGGUACAAGAAUUACCAAGUCCUCUCCAUCAACACCGCCACCUACAGUCAGCACAUCUCUCAUGUGGUGUAUGGAAUCGAUCAGAUCAAGUUCUUUCAACACCCUCCCGAAACAUUAAAGCUGUCCACAGUUGUAAACAACGAAUGCCAUACAGUCAAAAAGACGGUCAUCUUGGAGAAGACUACCGAGAUCGAGAGGCACUGGGACAUCGGUCGCUCCGUCCGCAACGACUCCCAUUCCAGCAUCAGUGCCCAGAUCCCACAGUUAGGUGUAGGAUCUGUGGAAUUCACCAAAGAGAAGACAUGGCAGUUCUCACAAGGCACUUCAACCGCAGAGUCUACCACCCAUAAGAUGUCCAUCGAAGUAAGCGCCCCACCCGGUCACUCGUGCGCCGUGCGGAUGGAAGGUAAGAAGAUCAAACUGGAUAUUCCCUUCACGGCGCGACUCAGCCGUACAUACAUUAACGGGGAAACCCAGUGGACCUCCAUCUCGGGCAAAUAUGAUGGAGUGCAAGUCGGAGAACUGAAAGCCAUCGUGGAACGCUGUGAGCCAGUCGCUGAUGCCAAACCCUGUCCAGCGGUAUAAGGGGCUGAAAUCCUACUGACUACCAUCACAACCACCUGUGUGAAAAUUAAGGAGAUCUGUGGUGCCAACCUGAAUUAUCCUUACAUCCUUAAAGUUAACGGCACAAGACAAACAAUGAAGUGCCAGUCAGAGAGAUAUGAGCAGAAAUAAAACAAAUUGAACC